UUUCUUUGGGCUAUUCAUGGUGCCAAUCACACUCUUUCAGUCUGAGAGAGAGAGAGAGAGAGAAGGGGGCAAAGCAAAGUAAUCACAUCAAAACUCUCAUAAAUGGCGGCGAUUGGUUGCUGUUGUUUCUCCACACUCUCUUCUCGGAGCAAUUUGGGGACAUCUUGGUUAGUAUUAGAGACUCAUCGAGGAGGGACCAUGGAAGAAGGGAAAUCAUUUCGUCGAAGAAGGUUAGAAAUUAAAGCAGAAGUGGAUUAUGUGAAGGCUGAAGAAGCGAAAAAACUUAUAGCAGUUGAGGGGUAUGCAAUUUUGGAUGUGCGGGACAAAACUCAGUAUGAUCGAGCACAUAUAAAACAAUGUUAUCAUGUCCCCCUUUUCAUUGAAAAUCAGGACAAUGACUUUGGCACAAUAAUAAAGAGGACAGUGCACAACAACUUUUCUGGUUUAUUUUUUGGGUUGCCAUUUACGAAACUCAAUCCUGAUUUUGUGCAAUCUGUGAAGAGCCAGUUUUCACCUGAAAGCAAGCUGUUACUUGUUUGUCAGGAAGGACUGAGGUCUGCUGCUGCUGCCAACAGGUUAGAGCAAGGUGGUUUCCAGAAUAUAGCAUGUAUAACAUCCGGCCUUCAAUCUGUAAAACCAGGAACUUUCGAGACUGUUGGUUCCACCGAGCUGCAAGAUGCAGGGAAAGCUGGUUUAGUUACAGUGCAGGGCAAAAUCUCUGCUAUACUUGGAACUGUACUUAUCUGUGCCUUUCUUUUCAUAACAUUCUUCCCGGAGCAAGCAGAGCAGAUCCUUCAAAUGGCCCCUGCAAGCUAACUCCCUUGAGUGAACCCAAAAUUAUUACACUUUUUCCGCCUCUGUCACGAGGGAAUUCAGAUGUUUGAAUUACAGGAUAAGAUCGAAAAUAGGUGAACAUCCGUAAAUGACCAUGUAAUGUUUUAAUACUAGUGUAACAAGCCUGAUUUUUGGACAUUUGACAUUUUAGUUGAUCCUCAUGCUACUGCUUGCUUGCA